AGACUCAGACUCAGACGAGAUAUAAAGCUCAGGCUGACCGCGUGGUGAGGAGACAUCACUGAAGCAAGCUCGUCUUUGUUUUAAAAGGUGCGUAUGCAGAAGUAAUUCAUUCACUCUGAAUGCUGCAUCGUGCAACACUUUGGUUGUAGUUUAACUCGGUCAAAGUAAACGAUAUCUGUCGGUGUAAAGUUGGACCUUUGUAGCAGGAAACGCUGAGUUUGUGCGCAGAAAUGCACAACAUGGGGAAGAAGCAGAAUCCCAAGGGUAAGAAGGAUGCAUCAGACCCACAGGAGGAGCCUGAGGAAUUUGUUGUCGAAAAAGUACUCGACUCACGUCUUGUUAAUGGGAAAGUGGAGUUUUUCCUGAAGUGGAAAGGAUUUACAGAGGCUGACAAUACCUGGGAGCCAGAGGAUAACCUGGAUUGUCCAGAGCUAAUUUCAGCGUUUCUGGAAGCACAGAAAGAUGUCAAGGAGAAGCCUGCUCCCGUUAAACGGAAGGCGUCAACAGAUGAGCCAGAGACGGAAGCCAAGAAAAAAGAUGUGCCUGAGAAACCUCGUGGCUUCGCUAGGAACCUCGACCCAGAACGGAUCAUCGGCGCAACGGACAGUAGCGGGGAGUUGAUGUUCUUGAUGAAAUGGAAAGACUCGGAUGAAGCAGAUUUGGUCCCGGCCCGUGAGGCCAACACUCGCUGCCCUCAGGUGGUCAUUUCCUUCUAUGAGGAGAGACUGACAUGGCAUUCAUGUCCAGAGGAUGAAGCUCAGUAGUCCGGUCCGCUGGUCCCUGCAGUCCCUUAAAUCUUUUUCCUCAGGACUGAAUUUUCUUCUCUAGCUUGCCUUUUAGUCUUAGUUAUUUUCGAAGAUGUUUCUGCCCCCGCAUUGUUUGGCUAUCAAGGAGAACUAUGUUGUUGUACAUAUUAACUGAACUGAUUGCAGGAGAGCAGGUGAUGGUGUUGUGAUUUAUAACAAAUGGAAGUCUUCCGUUAUCAUGUAAUGAUUUACUGUGAUGGCAGUUUAGAAAGCAUAUUUUUUGAUAGAACCCACCACCACCCGUAUUCAUUCAUUCAUAUCUGGUCAAAUUUUGUAAAUUCUAAAUGGCUACUUUGGUCCGUUAAGGCAUCAACCUCCUCAAUCUCCUGUAAGAUGGUUUUUGUUGUUUUGUUUUCUACACUAGUGCUAAUGUUUUGUUCUGAAAGUGCAUUUUGUAUACUCUGUCUGUAAAUAUUAUUUGAAGUUCUAAUAAAGGUUUUAUGUGACCAAA